GUUUCCUUCCCCAUGAGCUGAUGCGCCCUCCCUCUCUCGCUCAUCUCCUGCUCUUCCCCUCUCGCUCUUUCUUCUCUUCCGCCGUCUCACCCCGUCCCUCUCGUCGCCUCGUUAAUUGAUUUUUCGCCCCCAUCUUUGAACCAACAGCAGCUCCCACCCCACCGAUCGAUCCCGCCCCUAUAAAUCCCGCCACCGCAACGCAGCCGCCGCAGCAGAUCGCACGCACCCACACAGCUCGCUGCUCCCGUGUUCUGUUCUCCCGUCGGCCGGGGCGGAAGGGGUCGCGAGACAGGACGAGAGGAGGCAAUUGGGGAUUAUUCAGGGGCCCGGGGAUGGCGAAGCUGUACGUGCAGGCGUUCCCGUCCACGGAUCUGAACAAGAACACGGAGUGGUUCAUGUACCCGGGCGUGUGGACCACCUACAUCCUCAUCCUCUUCUUCUCCUGGCUCCUCGUCCUCUCCGUCUUCGGAUGCACCCCCGGCACGGCGUGGACCGUCGUCAACCUCUUCCACUUCGCGAUCACAUACCACUUUUUCCAUUGGAAGAAAGGAACACCUUUUGCUGAUGACCAGGGAAUGUACAAUAGAUUGACUUGGUGGGAACAAAUGGACAAUGGAAAACAGCUUACUCGUAACAGGAAGUUUCUCAUCGUCGUUCCUGUAGUGUUAUAUCUGAUAGCUUUGCACACCACCGACUACCAACAACCUAUGCUCUUCCUCAAUACCCUUGCAGUUUGCGUGCUUGUGGUUGCCAAACUACCGAAUAUGCAUAAGGUCCGGAUUUUUGGAAUAAAUGCUGGGAACUAAGCAUAAGCAUCCUUCAGCAGACAUCUACCUAUAUGCUUUUCAUAAUGGACUGUGUUUCUCACCUAGUGCUCACUUGCGCUCAUCAGAGUACCAGCGAGUAGUGUUUAAAAGUUGUUAGCAGAUGGGCCAUGUCGCCUUGGUCGUUGUAUAGAGAGAUGCUCAGAGGCUGGAGAUAUUGCUGCUGUACAUCUGAUGUGCACGAAUUCUGUAGACUCUUAAAUGUUGCUAUAUGCUUUGAGCUUUGUUACGAGCAUCUGUCAGUUGCUACA